AUGGCGGCUUAUACUCCAUUAAGAGUAACAGGAGUAAGUGUUUUGGGCAUCGGACCUGGAACUGAGAAACCAGAUUCAGGAAAUAUAAUCCAUACUUUUGAUGGAGAAGACGAAUACAAUGAAGUACAAGUAAAGGAUUCUAAUGAAUUCUCUGCAGUGAAAUGGCUUCGUUUGAAUACUCAAUAUUCAAAUAAAUAUCAAAUCAAAGAUCAUGUUCAGAUUGUCUGUGUUAUUUAUUCUAAUGGAAAUAUAUCGAUUUAUUAUGAAAAGAUACCCAAUGAGAUUGAAACGAAUUCAUCUGUUAAGUUGAUCUAUGAACCACCUAAUGAAGAUGAUCAUUACAGGAAAAAAGAAAUACUUUCCACAUAUCUGGUGAAAUCUGGGAUGUUGGUCGAGUUUACUCCUAUUUCAAAUUGUAGUGAAUGCAAAUUUUGUGAAGACUGUACUAAAGAUUAUACAUCUGGAAGAAAGUGCCAUUGGUGUCCGAAAUUCAACACGUGCAGACACCUUCGUGAUAUCGAUAUUCAAACCUUGCUUGGAAAAGAUUGUGCUAUCCAACAAAUAGGAAUUUGUUCAUAUUCAACUAACAGAAUGAUCGAACAUGUUCCAAUAGAAGAAUCAACCUUUAAACAUAACCUUAUAACAUUGACUUCAAAUAGGACUAUAAUGGAAUCAAUCACUACUGAAAAUAUGUCACCUACGCAACCGUUAAUUAACACCGAUGAGUUAAACAAAAUUAACGAAUCUUCCGUAAACGAUCAUCAAACCACUUUCCCACAGGUCACUAUAUAUCAAUCAUCUAGCAGACCGAUUCAAAUUACUACUCACAUGGUCAUAAAAGUUAUUGAAAACAAUCCAAUCACAUCCAAACAGCUUCUAUUCUCUCGUGAUAUAUUACAGACAUAUUCAAUCAUCUUUAUUAAUGAAGUCACUCGUCGUUUAUACAUUCGUCUUCUGAUGCCAUUCAUAAUCGUGACCAUUGUUCCAAGCAUUGUAUUUUUAGUUUGGCUAUUCAGAAAACGACACUAG